CUCGUGAUGCAAUGGAUGAGGCAUACGUCUACAAUUCUUUGUGCAUUGACUUGCGACUUAAGUCGACGGAAUCGCGAACGGCUAAUCUUUCUGCUCGGACUGUAUGGCAGUCUUAAGCGUUUAUGGAUCGUUCUUUGCCGUCAGUUUUACGAAAGAAGCCUGUGUUACAGAUCUUUCAGCCCCGGGCAACCAUGUGACUAUUGCCACACGCACAAAACGCGUCAAAUAUACUAUGAACCGGAGCCCAACUUCUGGAUGGUAAUGAUUGUCGGCGUGCCGUACAUCUACAAGGAAAAGGACGGCAACAAGUAUCAGAAUGACGAGGUGUCCAGCAACGUUUGCCAGGCUAUAUUGAAGCAGACGUACAUGAUGUUCAGAUUAUUCAUGGGCUCCUUCGAAACCAUCAUUAACGAUCCCGAAUGCGGCUCCGUGAUGUUGCUGAGGCUCAAGUUGGAACAUUUUUAUUCGCGAUACCUGCUCUCGUUAAAGCUGAACAACAGUGACAUACUGGAUGUCUUUCAAGGUUUACAAUUCUUACCCCUUGACAAGAUUACGUUCCUCAAGGUGCAAUGCUUUAUGAAUCUUGUAGAAGCUAUGUUUAUGCAAGUGAAAUACACGGCGUUUCUUUACAACGACCAAGUUGUUUGGAGUGGCUUAGAACCCGAGGAUAUGCAGGUAGUUUAUAAUUAUUUAGUGAGCACUCUCCUACCGGCUCAUCUUGAAAAGGAAUUGCACGGUGGCUCAAUACCCAGAAACUCCCCCUCGCCGUUCACUACUUCGCACUACGGAAAGUUCGUCACCGGGCCUGCGAGCGUCAACGAGCCCAGUUUAAUUGGAAAGUCGCCAAAAGUUUUCAUCAACUACUCUACCAAACCUGUGUCACUGUACCUAGUAGUGUAUCGAGCGCUAAGCGCUACAAUAUGUCUCUUCGUCGAUAAGAAAACUAGUUUGUUAAUCGAUUUCUUCAAAAGCUUAGACAGUUUUCUGGGACCACAAUUAACCACAUUAGUUAGCUCCGUAGCUGAUCAGUGCUCGAAACAUGUAAUAGUUACGCCGGAGUCGUGCACGAAGUAUCUGUAUUUUAAUAAGUUAAAUUUAGCGUACAAAAGCACGAUACACUUAGAUAACAGACGUUGCUCUAAUGUACUUACCACGCCGGAGGUACUGAGGAUCAUUACUGAUAUCUACAACGAUAGGAACAGAUUGAAAGAAGCCGGAGAAAUAAUUAUAAAGACCAUAAGCGAUUAUUGGGUGAUUGGAAAGUUGUCCAACUUGAGAGAGUUUUUCGUCGUCAUACAGCAGAAAAGUGCGAGUAUUAUAGAAAUUGAUGACGAAGUGAAGAGGCUUUGCGAGAAGCAGCUAAAAAGUAUUUUUUUCCAUUGAUGAACGUGCAACGAGAGACGAAAAUAAUGAAAUUAUAAAUGUUACUUCUUAUUUUUACGAGUAAUCUUUUGCAACAGUUCAUCUCGCCAAUUAUUAACAGGCAAUAUACAUUAUGUGAAAUAAUUGUAGAAAGCGGUGUAUUUAUACACAUGUGAUAUAAAAUGUGAAUUUUUUCUCUCUAUACAUAUAUACAAUACAUAUAUAUUUUAUAUUACUCAAUAUUCAUUACUAUUGAAAAACAAAAACUUGUAAAUAAGAUUAAGUAAUGCCACGGUAAUAGUCGCGUGUAACAAUGACAUCCUUGUAAUCAGAUUAUUAAAAAAGAAUUGUUGAAC